GCGACUGUAUCAGCCAAUCAAAUGCCUCAGGUACGUUCUGCUCAAGCGGAUCACUUUCCUCAUAUGGGAGGCCUACCGGUAACAGUCACGGUUCCUCAAGCCUCCAUUUCAACAAAGCGUGGAACCAUUUUUUUGGUUUCCUCUUGAACCCCUCUCUCUCUCUUCUGAAUCAUCAUGGCCAUCAUUGACACAACCCCCGUCGAUCCCACCGCUCCCCCGAAGAAGAAGGCUGUCUCAUAUCAGAACUUGGCGCUAGGUGCCGGUCUCAAUAUGUUCGAGGUUUCCACACUCGGUCAACCUUUUGAAGUCCUCAAAACCCAGCUUGCUGCUAACCGCGGUCAAAGCAUGGCUGCUGCCCUCUCAUCCAUUUAUGCUCGUGGUGGUGUUCUUGGUUUCUUCCAAGGUUUGAUCCCCUGGGCUUGGAUCGAAGCUUCCACCAAGGGAGCUGUUCUCUUGUUCACAGCCUCCGAGUUUGAGUACAGAGCCAAGGAAUAUGGUGCUUCUCCUUUCCUGGCUGGUAUCGUUGGUGGUAUGGGUGGUGGUAUUGCUCAAGCUUAUACUACCAUGGGUUUCUGUACCUUUAUGAAGACGGUCGAAGUCACUCGCCACAAGGCUGGAGCCGAUGUGUCAACAUGGAAGGUCGCUGGCGAUAUUUUCAAGAAGGAGGGUAUUCGUGGUAUCAAUAAGGGUGUCAAUGCUGUUGCCGUUCGUCAGUGCACAAACUGGGCUUCUCGCUUUGGUUUGUCUCGAUUGGCUCAAGAAUCCAUUAUCAAGGCUCGUUAUGGUGAAAGUCCCGAUGCUCAUAAGAAGGCUACUGUUGUAGACAGAGCUAUGGCUUCCAUCAUUGGUGGUGGUUUGUCAUGCUGGAAUCAGCCUAUUGAGGUUAUUCGCGUCGAAAUGCAAAGUCAAGUUAAGGCAGUAGGAAGACCUGAAAACAUGACCAUUAGCAGUGCUGCAAAGUAUAUCUAUGAGAACAACGGUAUUAAAGGUUUCUACAGAGGUGUGGUUCCUCGCAUUGGUCUUGGUAUGUGGCAGACAUUGGUCAUGGUCACCGCUGGAGACUACUUUAGAGCAAAGUUCAAGACUGGUUAAAUCAAAAAAUAGACCCCUCUCCAUAUUUCUCGCAACUCCUCAUUUUGUAAUUGUCCCCAUAUUGUACACCAUGGGCCAUUUUGAAGCGAUUCUUCGGUCUCUGUCGCUCUAUGAGCAAUAUCCUCUUUCUUCUCUCUCGACCCCCAUAU